GUCCUGCAGAUCUCUCUCCUCCUCUACAAAUAAAGAGUUCUUCUUCCCCGCUCGCACCUGGAGGAGGGAGAAGUCCCGGCUCAGCUCAGCGGAAAGUCAGCUUAGUUUUGCUAGCCCCGCCAACCCCACGUCUUUGCCUCUCCCAAGCCAGCGGCCGCGGGGCCGCCUGCUCCAGUCUCGCUGCAUCCAGUCGCCUUGGCCUUGGCCGAGACAGGUCUCCUUCUGAUGCCCGCCAUGACCAGCUUUGAGGAUGCAGACACUGAGGAAACACUCACUUGCUUCCAAGUUACAGUCUAUCAUCCGAACCAAGAUCAUAAUCAGGUGUUUCAGGGACUGAGGUUUUUUAAUCGAGAAAAGCUGUCAUCCAUGGAAGUGGUAAAGUUUGGCCGGAGUCCCAACCUGUGUCAUUAUACCUUUCAAGACAAACAAGUCUCCAGAGUUCAGUUCUCCCUGCAGCCAUUUAAACAAUUCAACAGUCCAGUCCUCUCAUUUGAAAUAAAAAACCUGAGUAAGAAAACCAGCCUGCUUGUGGGCAACAUAGAACUUGGUUAUCUCAAUAAAAUGGACCUUCCGGGCAGGUGCAUCGUGCGGUUUGGAGAAUACCAGUUCUUGAUGGAGAAAGAAGAUGGGGAAUCCUUGGAGUAUUUUGAGACAUGCUUUGUGCGAGCCCCACGGUCACUCUUAGAGGAAAGACACUAUGGAAAGCCUGUACCUGAGAAUGGCUUUUCUUCAUCCACAUUGCCUACAGAAAUGGAUGAAAAUGAAUAUUGAACAAAUGGAGAUCACAGGGAAUCCUAAAGGGCGUGGGAAGGCAGACAACUUGAUGGAUAGAUAUUAUUUGGGUAGAAUUAGUUGAACUGCAACAUUUCUGUCUUCCAUGCCCUCAAAUGGAGUAUUUUAAAUUCAGUGCUUUGUUGUUUUUUAAAUUCUGUGACUUUCUUGGGCCUUGAAGAUCACCAGAGGAAGAGGUUCGGUGCAUUGGGUGGAUCCUUACUAAAGAAUUUACAAAAAAGCAUGGAUGUGAAUUGCACAGGAUAUGUGUUUGUGUGUGUGUGUGUGUGUGUGUGUGUGUGUAGGGGGAGGGUUGGGAUCUGCACUGGACAAAUGAGAUCAUGAGGUAUCUAAGGACCUAUCUACCUGGAGCAUGAUCUUUUUGGAUCUCUAAAGAAUUAACUUUAGAUUACCUUGGUGCCUUUUGAAGAAGAAAAGCUGUUAGACAUAGCUUAUACUGUACAUAUUUUUAAAAGU